AAUACAACAGGAAAUAAAAAAAAUCUAGUCUAUAAAUAGAAGAAGUAUGUUAUCAGGUUACACACACUUCACUUCAAUUAUCAUACUUCAUAUACAAUCGCAUUCUUUCCAUUUCUGGUCCAAAAACGUUUUUUUGUUUUCAAACAAGAACAAGGUAUGUUUUUUUCUACCUAGAAAAUAUUAGUUUGUAAUUUGUAUUAUGUAAGCUAUUAAAAGCAUAUAAAUUAUUCAGUGAAACUAUUAAAGGUACCUAAACUAACUAAAGUACGUAAGUAAGUUAACUUUAAUGUAACCAUGUAAAAUAUUAUUUUGUUAAUUAUAAGAUGCAAAAAAUAAAAUUAAAUAAUGAUUAUGUGCUUGAAUAAUGUUUAAAAAUAAUUUUUUCUGUUCGAGGAUCCCUUUUGAAUGAAUAAAUAUAUAUUUUACUAUUUAGUUAACCAAAAAUUUUGUGAAUGUAUGUAAACUUUUUUUCCAUAAAUUAGUUGGUUACCUGAAAUAAUAAAAGUACGUAAACUAAUAAUGAUACGUAAGUUAGUUAACUGAAAGUUUAUUUCUGUAUAUAAAUUAUUUGUUAUAUAUUAAUGUAAUUAAUUUUACAUCAACCAAAAUAAGUUAAAGAGUUAAUCAUAAGCUGCAUGUAAUAAAAUUGAAUAUUAGUAUGUAUUUGAAAUAUGUUUUAAAUAAAAAUUUUGUUCUGUUUGUGAUUUAAGAAAGAAAAAAAAUUUGUGUUGCAAACUUAAUAAAUAUAUGUUUUGAAUAUUUUAAUUAUAUAUAUACAUUAUAUUUUCUUUUAUUCUUUUUUUAUUAAAAAUAUGAUUAAUUAUGAAACUCUAUUAUAUUAAUAAUAUUUGAAUCAUCUUUGAAAUCUAGAUAUGUCAGGAAGACGUCAUGGAAACACAAAUCCUGUGGGACAAAGAAAUUCAAAUGUUCAUAACGAAACUUCUUCACGAAACGCGUCGAGAUUUAAGUGGACCUAUGAACAAGAAAAAACAUUGAUUGAGUUGUAUGAUCAAGCAAUUUCUAUGAACGAUUAUACUCUUAAAGAUCCUACGGUUCUUGGUAGAGAGCACAUGGUCGACAAUUUCAACCGUGCAUUUAAUUUGAAUAUAAAUUAUGCAUUUUUCAAAAACAAACUUGAUGAUUUCAAAAAAGCAUAUAAGAAGUGGAAGUUUCUAAUGACUUCUACUGGAAUAACGGUUAAUCCGGAAACGUCGAUGAUUUAUGCAUCAGAUGAAUGGUGGGAGGCCCGUGAAUCGGGAUGCAAAAUAACAAGAUCUUUUAAAAGACAACCACCACCGUUUUGGGAUGUGAUGGUUCGAUGUUUUGUGCUACACGAUGUUUAUUCGCAACCUCAACAGUCGUCACGCCAACGAAGACAACAAAUAUUGACUGAAGGAAUAGAGGAAGAUGACUUGUUUGAUUUUUCAGACAAUGAUGGUGAUGACAUACCUCAACAUAAUGUUCCUCAAACCCAAGAAAAUGAAGAAAUAUAUCGUGUUAACCUCAAUGCCGAUACACUUCCUUCGCACGAAUAUACUCAAGAGUCAACUCGGCUUCCUUCUCGAAGAGGUGAAGAACGUACAAGACGUGGAGGUCGUUCAGAAAGAACUGGAGGACGUGGAAGCACUUCUCAAACGUCUGCUAGAAACUCAGGAACUAAUGUUGGAAGUACUUCAAGAGGUCAUCGAAGAAGACAAUCAUUCGAGACUACAAUACAAGACACCAUUAAUGGAUAUAAAGAAUUUCAACGACAAAGUCUACAACAGCUAUGCCCAGGUGCUUUUGAUAAGGAUGAUUACGAUGAAUUCAAAAAAGCAGAACAAAUAUUUCUUGCUUUGGAACUUCCCAAAUUCACUAAAUUUUACUGGGCUUGCAUUAACGCACUUAAAGAACUGGUUUUUUGGCGAAAGUAUUUCAUUGAUAUAGCUCGAAGCAAUGACGAAGAUAAAUUGCAACUACUAGAAGCUAUGACUGGUGUAUCACGAAAUAAUGAAGAUGUGCCAAAACAAUUGGGCUCUGGACAGUUAUUUGGGAGUCCACAUUCUGGAGGUUUAUCAUCUGGUAGUCCAUCUUCAGUGGGUAAUUGUUCAAGAGGAAACAAUUUUCAAAACUUGGGUGCACCACCGACUACACAACAAUGGGGUACACCUCCAAAUGUGCAACACUGGGGAACACCACCAAAUAUGCGACACUGGGGAACACCACCAAAUGUUCAAUAUUGGGGGACAUCACCAAACGCUCAACCAUGGGGUGUAUCUCCAAAUGGUCCAAGUUGGAACACACCUCCAAAUGCUCAACAAUGGAGUACGCCACCAUAUCCUCAACAAUGGAACAUUCCACAGAAUUUUUAUCAUGGUCAGCAACCAUCAAAUGUUCAGCAAGCCGGCUCUUCUGGAACAACACCAACAAAUGUUCACUACGGAUUUACAGUUGGAAAUCAAGGUGGAAGUCCACUGAAUACACAACGAAAUUAUUCGGAAGGUGCAAGUAUAGAUUCUUCACCAAAGGUCCACCAAUCACCAUCAACUAGUAUCGGUUUCACUAAUUAUUUUGAACCAGGAAACACAUCACAAAGACCGAGACGUGGAGGUCUAUUCAAUAUUUGGAGAACUACAGAAGAACCUAAUGAAGAGAAUCAAAGUGGUUCAGGAGACGAAGAGUAGCGAUCUGAUUGUCAUGUUUAUAUAUUAUGAUAUAAUGUUAUUAUUUUUAUUGUGUGUUAUAGGUUUUCAUAUGUUUUAAAAUACUUUUAUAUUACUUUCUUGUGUUAAUGGAUUGUGAUAUUCUAA